AUGGAAGAGGAAUACUUUUUACCAACAGUUUUGAGCAAGGAUUCCUGUUCUACAUGGGGUGGAGGCCAUUUUUCAACCUUUGAUAAAUACCAGUAUGACUUCACUGGGACUUGCAACUAUAUCUUUGCAACUGUAUGUGAUGAAACCAGCCCAGACUUCAACAUUCAGUUCCGCCGUGGGAUGGACAAAAAAAUUGCAAGGAUCAUUAUUGAGCUUGGACCUUCUGUUGUCAUUGUUGAGAAAGGCAGCAUUUCUGUCAGGAGUGUUGGAAUUAUUAAGUUGCCUUAUACUAGCAAUGGAAUUCAAAUAGCACCUUAUGGACACAACAUCCGCCUGGUCGCCAAGCUGAUGGAGAUGGAACUAGUUGUCAUGUGGAACAAUGAUGACUAUCUCAUGGUUUUGGCUGAAAAAAAGUACAUGGGGAAAGUCUGUGGAAUGUGUGGAAAUUAUGAUGGCUAUGAAUUGAACGAAUUUGUGCGUGAAGGUAAAUUACUGGAUACGUACAAAUUUGCUGCAUUACAAAAAAUGGAUGAUCCAUCAGAGAUCUGCCUGUCUGAGGAGAUACCAAUUUCCACCGUUCCUCACAAAAAAUAUGCCAUGAUCUGCUCUCAGCUACUUAAUUUGGUGUCACCAACCUGCAAUGUGCCAAAGGACGGGUUUGUCAUUCGUUGCCAGCUUGAUAUGCAGGACUGCAGUGAGCCAGGACAAAACAACUGUGCUUGCUCUACACUGUCAGAAUAUUCAAGGCAAUGUGCUAUGUCCCACCAAAUGGUGUUCAACUGGAGAACUGAAAACUUCUGUUCUGUGGGAAAAUGUUCUGCAAACCAAAUCUAUGAGGAAUGUGGUUCUCCAUGUAUUAAAACCUGUUCCAACCCAGAGUACAGCUGUUCCAGUCACUGUACCUACGGUUGCUUUUGUCCAGAAGGAACUGUUCUUGAUGAUAUCUCCAAGAAUCGAACGUGUGUUCACAUUAGCCAGUGUCCAUGUACACUGAAUGGGAAACCAUAUGCUCCUGGGGAGACAAUGAAAGCAACAUGUAGGACCUGCAAAUGUAUGAUGGGUCAAUGGGACUGCAAAGAUUUGCCCUGUCCUGGAAGGUGUUCACUGGAAGGAGGCUCCUUUGUUACCACAUUUGAUUCUAGGUCAUACAGAUUCCAUGGGGUUUGCACUUAUGUUCUCAUGAAGAGCGCCAGCCUGCCACACAAUGGAACCCUAAUGGCAGUAUACGAAAAGACUGGUUAUUCUCAUUCCGAAACGUCACUUAGUGCUAUAAUUUACCUAUCCAUGAAGGACAAAAUUGUGAUUUCUCAGAAUGAUCUCCUCACAGGUGAUGAUGAGCUUAAGCGGCUACCUUACAGAUCAGGAGACAUUACUGUUUUCAGACAGUCCUCAAUGUACAUUCAAAUGCAUACAACUUUCGGGCUGGAACUUGUAGUUCAAACAUCACCUGUGUUCCAGGCCCACGUGAAAGCUGAAUCACAAUUCAAAGGCAGAACACUAGGUUUGUGUGGCAAUUACAAUGGAGACACUACAGAUGACUUCAUGACUAGCAUGGAUAUCACUGAAGGGACAGCCUCCUUGUUUGUAGAUUCCUGGAGGGCAGGAAAUUGCCAUCCUGCUUUAGAGAGAGAGACUGACCCUUGUGCUUUGAGUCAACUAAACAAAAUAUCUGCUGAGACUCAUUGCUCCAUUCUUACCAAGAAGGGUACAGUGUUCGAGAAAUGCCAUGCUGUGGUCAACCCUAUUCCUUUCUACAAGAGAUGUGUCUACCAGGCCUGUAACUAUGAAGAGACCUUUCCACACAUUUGUUCUGCUCUGGGAUCAUAUGCACGAGCAUGCAGUUCAAUGGGUUUAAUCCUUGAGAACUGGAGAAGCAGUAUGGACAACUGCACCAUUACUUGCACUGGCAAUCAAACAUUCAGCUACAACGCUGAGGCAUGUGACAGGACAUGCUUGUCACUCUCCAACCGAGCCCUGGAAUGUCAUCCAACUGAUAUUCCUAUUGAAGGCUGCCAGUGCCCUAAAGGACUGUACUUGAACCACAAGAAUGAGUGUGUUCGUAAAUCUCAUUGUCCCUGCUAUUUGGAAGAUAGAAAAUACAUCCUGCCUGACCAGUCAACAAUAACUGGUGGGAUCACCUGCUACUGUGUUAAUGGAAGGCUAAGUUGCACAGGCAAACCUCAAGAUCCUGCAGAAAGCUGUAAAGCUCCUAAGAAAUACAUAUCAUGUUCUGACAAUUUAGAAAACAAGUAUGGAGCUGCAUGUGCCCCUACCUGUCAGAUGCUGGCUACUGGAAUUGAAUGUAUACCAACUAAAUGUGAAUCGGGCUGUGUCUGUGCUGAUGGCCUGUAUGAAAAUCUCGAUGGCAAGUGUGUUCCAGCUGAGGAGUGUCCAUGUGAAUAUGGUGGCCUUUCUUAUGGAAGAGGUGAACAAAUCCAAACUGAAUGUGAGAUCUGCACUUGCGCAAAAGGCAAAUGGAAAUGUGUUCAGAAAUCAAGGUGUUCCUCAACUUGUAACCUUUAUGGAGAAGGCCACAUCACCACUUUUGAUGGACAGCGUUUUGUGUUUGAUGGCAACUGUGAAUACAUAUUAGCUACGGAUGGCUGCAGUAUUAAUAGACCUGUUUCGUCUUUCAAAAUUGUUACUGAGAAUGUCAUCUGUGGGAUAUCAGGAGUUACAUGCUCCAGAUCCAUCAGCAUUUACCUUGGGAAUUUGACAAUCAUACUGAGAGAUGAAACCUUCACUAUUUCUGGGGAAAAUCCUAGUGUACAAUAUCAUGUGAAAAAGAACGCCCUUCACCUGAUGUUUGAUAUCAUUAUCCCAGGAAAAUACAACAUGACCCUUAUUUGGAAUAAGCACAUGAACUUCUUCAUCAAGAUUUCCAGAGGAACACAGGAAACUAUAUGCGGUUUGUGUGGGAACUAUAAUGGCAAUAUGAAGGAUGAUUUUGAAACUCGAAGCAAGUAUGUGGCAUCAAAUGAAUUGGAAUUUGUCAAUUCUUGGAAGGAGAAUCCUCUCUGUGGGGAUGUAUACUUUGUAGUGGAUCCCUGUAGCAAGAACCCUUAUCGUAAAGCAUGGGCAGAAAAGACAUGUUCUGUCAUCAACAGUGAGGUUUUUUCUGCCUGUCACAAUAAGGUGAAUCGGAUGCCCUAUUAUGAGGCCUGUGUUCGAGACUCUUGUGGGUGUGAUACUGGAGGGGACUGUGAAUGCAUGUGUGAUGCCAUUGCAGUCUAUGCCAUGGCAUGUUUAGAGAAAGGUAUCUGCAUUGACUGGAGGACCCCUGAGUUCUGUCCUGUCUAUUGUGAGUACUACAAUUCUCAUAAAAGAACAGGAGUUGACAGUGCUUAUUCCUCUGACUACAAUGAUGACAAAUGCACCUGGCAUUACAGGCCUUGUAAUUGCCCAAAUCAAAACUACAAAUAUGUCAACAUUGAAGGUUGUUACAACUGCUCUCAUGAUGAAUAUUUUGACCAUGAAGAGAACAGGUGCAUGCCAUGUGGAGAAGAAAGCACUAACACCACACUUGAAACAUCUUCACCUUCACCAGUAACAACAGUGCAACCUAAAGUAACAGGAAGCUCUGCUGCAAGCACCCUACCAACAGUACCUAGUGCUUCUGCAACUGCUGUAUCAACUGAGAUUACAAAUCCAACAAUAACUGCAAAAACUACAGUUUCGAGAACUUCACCCAUACAACCUCUUGUCACAAUGAAGUCAACAACUGAACAUACAACAUCAAUUUCUACCACACCAAACAUGACUACAACCAUCACUACUCCUUCCGUAACUACCACAACAAAGAGAACCAUAACCACUAUACCAAAGUCUACGCCUGCUGCCUCAUCAACCACUGCUUCAACAGAGACAGAACAAGUACGGUUCACCUCACCAUCCUUCAAGACCACUAUCAAAAAGGAAAUUACAACCUCCUCAUUGCCUACUCAAACCCUAUCUCAGAGCAUAACUUUCAGCAAGCCUGAACUAACAACAGCAGGCAGUGAGGAAAUCCAAACAACCACUCUGCACCAACCAGAAGUUGUCACCCACAUAAGAACGUUGACACAGCCUGUGCAGCAUCUUGUCUCUCAGACGCAGACCACCCCUGCCACAUCCACCAGCAGCACCUCUGUCCCAAGAGAGACCAGUCCUGCCACCAGCCCAGGAGUUCCACUGGCAAGGACAUCUCCAAGCCUGAGCUCUUUGCCUGCCACCUCAGCCUCAUCUGCUUCUUCCUUCUCCUCAACUGUGUCCUCGACAUGGCUGGGAACAUCACAUCCUGCCUUCACCCAUAAAAAGUCAACUGAGCCACACAUUGAGCCAACUCUGACCACACAGAAGACCACAGCUGCCACCUCCAUCAGCAGCACCUCCAAGACCUCUGUCUCCACAGAGACCAGCUCACCAAGCAGCACAGAACUCCCUCUGACAACAUCAUCUCCAAAUCCCAGCUCUCCACCUGCCCCCAGCAGCCCACUCAGCACCCAGCUACCAUCUGCUCCCACUUCCACAAUUUCCUCCACAGCAGCCUCAAGCACCAGCCCCAGGCCUACGCUUACAACCCUGAGCACAGCCAAAACCAGCACAGUGCCAUCUCCUGCACCUUCUCCCUCCUCCACUGUGUCCUCAACAUUACUGAGCUCCUCACAGCCUGCCCUCACCCAUGAAAAGUCAACCGUGCCACACACUGAGCCAACUCUGACCACACAGAAGACCACAGCUGCCACCUCCAUCAGCAGCACCUCCAAGACCUCUGUCUCCACAGAGACCAGCCCACCAAGCAGCACAGAACUCCCUCUGACAACAACAUCUCCAAAUCCCAGCUCUCUACCUGCCCCCAGCAGCCCACUCAGCACCCGACUGCCAUCUGUUUCCACUUCCACAGUCUAUUCCACAGCAGCUCCAAGCACCAGCCCCAGGCCUACACCUACAACCCUGAGGCCCAAGCCCUCUUCCCCCAUGACAAGUGCUCCACAAGAGUCUCCUGCAGCAGAGUCCUCUGCACCCACCACAGCCAAAACCAGCACAGUACCAUCUCCUGCUCCUUCUCCCUCCUCAACUGUGUCCUCAACAUUGCUGAGCUCCUCACAGCCUGCCUUCACUCAGAAAAAGUCAACCGAGCCACACAUUGAGCCACCUCUGACCACACAGAAGACCACAGCUGCCACCUCCAUCAGCAGCACCUCCAAGACCUCUGUCUCCACAGAGACCAGCCCACCAAGCAGCACAGAACUCCCUCUGGCAACAUCUCCAAAUCCCAGCUCUCCACCUGCCCCCAGCAGCCCACUCAGCACCCGGCUGCCUUCUGUUUCCACUUCCACAGUCUAUUCCACAGCAGCUCCAAGCACCAGCCCCAGGCCUACACCUACAACCUUGAGGCCCAAGCCCUCAUUUCCAAUGACAAGUGCUCCACAAGAGUCUCCUGCAGCAGAGUCCUCUGCACCCACCACAGCCAAAACCAGCACAGUGCCAUCUCCUGCUCCUUCUCCCUCCUCAACUGUGUCCUCAACAUGGCUGAGCUUCUCACACCUAACAGCCUUCACCCAUAAAAAGUCAACUGAGCCACACAUUGAGCCACCUCUGACCACACAGAAGACCACAGCUGCCACCUCCAUCAGCAGCACCUCCAAGACCUCUGUCUCCACAGAAACCAGCCCACCAAGCAGCACAGAACUCCCUCUGACAACAACAUCUCCAAAUCCCAGCUCUCCACCUGCCCCCAGCAGCCCACUCAGCACCCGACUGCCAUCUGCUCCCACUUCCACAGUCUAUUCCACAGCAGCUCCAAGCACCAGCCCCACGCCUACACCUACAACCCUGAGGCCCAAGCCCUCUUCCCCCAUGACAAGUGCUCCACAAGAGUCUCCUACAGCAGAGUCCUCUGCACCCAUCACGGCCAAAACCAGCACAGUGCCAUCUCCUGCUCCUUCUCCCUCCUCAACUGUGUCCUCAACAUUGCUGAGCUCCUCACAGCCUGCCUUCACCCAUGAAAAGUCAACCGUGCCACACACUGAGCCAACUCUGACCACACAGAAGACCACAGCUGCCACCUCCAUCAGCAGCACCUCCAAGACCACUGUCUCCACAGAGACCAGCCCACCAAGCAGCACAGAACUCCCUCUGACAACAUCAUCUCCAAAUCCCAGCUCUCCACCUGCCCCCAGCAGCCCACUCAGCACCCGGCUGCCAUCUGCUCCCACUUCCACAGUCUAUUCUACAGCAGUUCCAAGCACCAGCCCCAGGCCUACACCUACAACCCUGAGGCCCAAGCCCUCAUCCCCAAGGGCAAGUGCUCCACAAGAGUCUCCUGCAGCAGAGUCCUCUGCACCCACCACAGCCAAAACCAGCACAGUGCCAUCUCCUGCUCCUUCUCCCUCCUCAACUGUGUCUUCAACAUUGCUGAGCUCCUCCCAGCCUGCCUUCACCCAUAAAAAGUCAACUGAGCCACACAUUGAGCCAACUCUGACCACACAGAAAACCACAGCUACCACCUCCAUCAGCAGCACCUCCAAGACCUUUGUCUCCACAGAGACCAGCUCACCAAGCAGCACAGAACUCCCUCUGACAACAACAUCUCCAAAUCCCAGCUCUCCACCUGCCCCCAGCAGCCCACUCAGCACCCGGCUGCCAUCUGCUCCCACUUCCACAGUCUAUUCCACAGCAGCUCCAAGUACCAGCUCCAGGCCUACACCUACAACCCUGAGGCCCAAACCUUCAUCCCCAGUGACAAGUGCUCCACAAGAGUCUUCUACAGCAGAGUCCUCUGCACCCACCACAGCCAAAACCAGCACAGUGCCAUCUCCUGCUCCUUCUCCCUCCUCAACUGUGUCCUCAACAUUGCUGAGCUCCUCACAGCCUGCCUUCACCCAGAAAAAGUCAACCGUGCCACAUAUUGAGCCACCUCUGACCACACAGAAGACCAUGGCUGUAACCUCCAUCAGCAGCACCUCCAAGACCUCUGUCUCCACAGAGACCAACCCACCAAGCAGCACAGAACUCCCUCUGACAACAACAUCUCCAAAUCCCAGCUCUCCAUCUGCCCCCCCCAGCAGCCCACUCAGCACCCGGCUGCCAUCUACUGCCUCGUCUACAUUCUCUUCUUUGUCUGCCACCAUCAGCACAAUGCCUACACCUACAUCCCUCACUACUUCCGCCUUUAGGUCUGCUGAGAGUACUCCGUAUUCUUCUUUCCAGAACACAACAUUGCCUCCAUAUGGCAAAACAUCUUCCUCAGCCGUUCCUACCAGUAUCUCUGCCAAAUCCACUCCAGAGUUGGUCCCGACUGUUUUAUCUACAACAAUGACAUUUGCUCCCCUUGUGAUCACUACUGCUUCUACAGAGUCGGUUGAAAGGAGCACCUUGCAAACAACAACAUUAACCACUGCCCGCACGACAUCAUCUCCUUUCACCUCUAGACUUUCAACAUCCUUGUCUUCUAUUGUGCCAUCGACAGUUCCACAUGAUCCUUGUAGAGAAGUUGAAUAUGAAGAAAAAAUAACUUACAAAGGCUGUUCUGCAAAUGUCACUUUAAGCCGAUGUGAAGGAUCAUGUCCAUCUUCAACAAAGCUGAAUGUUGAGAACAUGAUGGUCACCACAGCAUGCGGCUGCUGUCGGCCAAUUCAGCUUCUUAAGAAGACAUUCCAACUACCAUGCCAAGACCCAGAUGACCCUGGAAAAAGGCUCACUAUAGACAUAACUGUAUUUAGUGGUUGUGAUUGUAACUUUGACAGUUGCAUACACUAG